AUGGCGGGUACGCACGGCUCCUGCAACCCCGCGUUCGACCGGCUCCGCGAUCUUCUUCAAGAGCGACUGGACUCAGGCGACGAACUCGGCGCAUCCCUCUGCGUCAACAUCGGCGGCAAGAACGUCCUCGACAUCUGGGGUGGAUAUGCAGAUGCGGCCAAGACACGUCCCUGGGAGAAGGACACCCUGACCCCAGUCUGGUCUUGUAGCAAGAUUGUCUCGGCCCUUGCAGCCCUCACACUGGUUGACCGCGGCCAGCUAGACGUCGAAGAGCGCGUCUCGAAAUACUGGCCCGAGUUUGCCGUCAAUGGCAAGGAAGACGUGAGAGUCUGGCAAAUCCUCAGCCACUCCUCCGGUCUAGCCUCAUGGGAGAACCCGGUUCCAAUCGAAUUCGUCUACGAUGUCAAGGCUUCGACUGAGAAGCUCGCGCAGGAGGCGCCUUGGUGGACCCCUGGUGAGCACCAUGGAUACCACAUGAUGACGCAUGGUCACUUGAUCGGUGAGCUGGUGCGUCGUAUUAGCGGCAAAGGACUGAAGCAAUUCAUCGAUGAGGAGAUUGCCGGGCCGCUCGGCGCGGAUUUCAGACUUGGUGUCCCUGAGAAGGAUUGGGGCCGGACUGCUGAUAUCACUCCUCCCCCGCCCCCAGCUGGUAUUGAGCUCGCGGAUCGUAACAGUAUCGCUUUCAGGGGCUUGACCAAUGUUCCUCCUGUUGCGGAGUAUUCGAUGACUCCCGCGUUCAGACAGGCUGAGCUUGGCGCGGCGAAUGGGUUCAGUAAUGCGCGUGCUCUGGCGCGGAUCGGUGAUUUGGUCUCUUUGAAGGGCACCGUUGAUGGAAAACAGUAUCUUCAGCCUCAGACUGUUGACCAGAUGCUCCAAGAACGUGUGGCCGGUAUUGAUCUUGUCCUCGGUGUGGAUCUUCGGUUUGCUCUUGGUGUUGCCCUGACACCGGCGGAGCCAAUUCCAUAUGUUCCUGAGGGUACCGUCUGCUUCUGGAGUGGAUGGGGUGGCUCUAUGAUCAUGAUGGACUUGGAGCGCGGGAUAACUCUCGCUUAUGCCAUGAACAAGAUGUCGGAGGGUACCCUCGGCAAUGACAACACCAUGGCUUAUUUCAAGGAGGUCUAUGAGAUUGUGAGAUCUCAGUCUUCUCUGUGA